GAAUUGUUAUUUAUAAAACAGUUAUAUACCAGGAUAUAGGUAGCACAGCUUGUUGACAAGUAGACUGCACAGUCUACCAUUGGGACCUAGAACAAGAAAUUCAGCUAGGUAUUUAAAUAUACGUGAGGAGGGAGGAUUACAUCAGACAUGGAGGUUUACAUCUAACAGAGAGGGAUCUUCACUCAACAGUAUGAAUGGUGUUUCUGGUCAAUGUGUCAUCAGUGAUACAUCUAAUGGCGAAGCUAAUGGUGUCACAUCUAAUGGCCAAGCUAAUGGUGUCGGUAAACAGAAGGGGAUUAGCCACAAAGCUAAUGGGCAUAACUCUACAAAAAAUGAGCAUGGUUUUCUGCAAGCUCUGGUAGACGUCAUGAUUUCUAAAGUGCUUGAAGAAUCCACAAAUAGAGACAGUAGAGUGGUUGAAUUCAAACAUCCAAAGGUGCUAGAAAAGCUGAUGGAUCUAUCACUUAACAAAUCUACAUCUGACGAACGUUUGAUGGAGAUCUGCCAUGAUGUCAUCAGAUACAGCGUUAAAACUGGUCAUCCUAGAUUCUUCAAUCAGCUGUUUGGAGGGUUAGAUCAGUACAGUUUGGGUGGAGCGUGGCUGACAGAAACUCUCAACACUAGUCAAUAUACGUAUGAGGUGGCACCAGUUUUCACCCUCAUGGAGAAGACUGUGUUGAAGAAAAUGCUUGACCUAGCAGGCUUUCAGGAUGGUGAUGCCAUCUUCUGUCCAGGUGGUUCUGUGUCCAAUAUGUAUGCCCUUAACCUGGCCCGAUUUCAGCGAUGGCCGGAAGUGAAGCGAUCAGGCAUGCACGGUUUACCAAGACUGUGUAUCCUUACAUCAGAAAAAGCCCACUACUCCUUGAAGAAAGGUGCAGCAUUUAUCGGUGUUGGAGUAGACAAUGUAUUCCCUGUCAAGGCCGACCCUGAGGGACGCAUGAUGCCUUCUGCUCUGGAAGAAAGGAUAAUGGAAUUAAAGGCAGAGGGCUAUGAACCAUAUGUAGUGAAUGCCACAUCUGGGACAACAGUAUUUGGGGCGUAUGACCCUCUGGAUGACAUUGCCAAUGUCUGUCAGAAGUUUGGUAUCUGGAUGCACGUUGACGCUGCCUGGGGAGGGGGAGUGCUGCUGUCAAGGAAAUACAGGUGUCUCAUGAGAGGCAUAGAGAGGGCGGACUCCAUGACAUGGAAUCCCCACAAAAUGAUGGGACCUCCCCUUCAGUGUUCAGCCUUCCUCACAAAACACAAGAAUCUCCUGCCAGAGUGCCACUCAGCCCAGGCCACCUACCUUUUCCAGCAGGACAAGUUCUACGAUGUUUCAUAUGACACUGGUGAUAAGUCCAUCCAGUGUGGUCGUAAAGUGGACGUCCUCAAGGUCUGGAUGUUGUGGAAGGCCAAGGGUGACAUUCAGUUUGAGAAGGACAUUGAUAACAUCAUGGAAUGUGGGAAGUACCUAGCAAAGCUGGUUAAUGAGCAUGAAGGAUUCAGACUCCUUGUAAAGGAGCCAGAGUGUACCAAUGUGUGUUUCUGGUACGUACCGCCCAGUAUGCGGGGCCAGCCUGAGGACCAGGAGUGGUACCAGCGUCUGUCCAAGGUUGCACCUGUUAUCAAGGAGCGUAUGACGACAAAUGGGACAAUGCUGAUUGGCUACCAGCCUGAUGGAGAGACUGUCAACUUCUUCAGAAUGAUCGUGUCGAAUCUGGGGGUCACAAGGGAGGACAUGCAGUUUGUGAUUGAUGAAAUAGAACGACUUGGAAGAGACCUUUGAUGAUGAUCAUCGUCGACGGGAGACUUGGUAGAAACCUUUGAUGAUGAUCAUUGGCGACGAGAGGGAAAGGACGCUGUUACAAGUUACACACAGUCCGGAUGUUAUCGAGUGAUCAGUACUUACAACCCUAACUUCAAUU